UUUGGCCGUCAAAAGGACCUCCAUCAUUCACCCCAGCGCGUUCCCGCACACUGAUACCGACAACAACAUUGCAGAGAUUUGGUGGUAUCACUAAGACAACCAAGCUAUUUCAUUCAAGCAGCUACCCUAACGCUUGUGGAUACCUCUCUCUAUACCAGAACCAUUUCCUUGUGGACUUUUCAUAAUAACUGGAACAGAAGACAUACAACCGCCAUGGAUCAUUCUCUCAGUCUCAGACAACGGCAUUCUACCAAGUCCUUUUCUCAAUCUGGGAAAAGACGCGUGAAUCCUCCUUUGUCCGAUCAGACCCUCAAGCGGGUCAAUGAAGUUAUUCGGUUAUUUCAAGACAUAGAGGCUGGACAUCAACCCGACGGCGACAAUUGGAUUGAGUACCCGUUCGAUCCAGAGGAUUACGAGGAAUUAGAGCGUGUUCUGGACCGGAACGAGGAGCUCUCAGCAUAUGUACAUGAAAGGAUCAGGUACGAUUACGACCCGCUGAGCCAUCGGCUUGCUGUUCAAAUGCCGAAACGUAUACAUGAUCGAAUGAUCGCUCUUGUCGAAGAACGUAUCGCACGGAAGAUCGCUUCGAUUCGCAAAGGAUCAGACACUGCUGCCAAAUUUGCCAGAAAUCUUCAGAGCGGCCUCUCUGAAGAUUUCUUCCUUCCAUCUCCCAACGAUCCCACUGCGAAGUCAAAGCAUGAGCCAGAUGCCACUUUCUGGUAUGGAGAAGAUUCAUUCCCUGGAGUCAUCCUCGAGGUUUCAUACUCGAACAAGAAGAACUUGAGAAGGCUAGCGAAGAAAUACAUUCUUCGCUCCGAAGGGAAUGUACGAGCUGUCAUCGGUUUAGACAUUGCAUACAGGAUGGAUUCGUUGGAGGCAAAAUUGACAGUAUGGCGGGCUGAUCGGCAGCCAACGGGAGAGCAAGGGCUCCAUAAGCUCUAUGUCACCGCGGACGUCACGGGUCAGGAUGAGGUCUUGCGCGACGCAUUUGGGAACCCGACUAAACAUUCGGGCCUGAAACUUCGCCUCACGGAUUUUGCUCACCCAGACCUUACGGGGGAUAUCACUGAAGAGCAAGACCGAGAGAUAACUAUAUCUGCGACCACGCUUAUCACAUGGCUCCGCAGGUACGACGACCAGCCACGUGGCGGUGGGACUAAUCCUGUUAUACGGAGACUUCCUGAGGGAACUGUGCUAGAGACCGAAUCAGAGGAAAGUACAGAGGAACUGGAGCCUGAGGACGAGGAACGGUUUGCCCGGCAGGAGGAAAUGGACGAAGAGCGUGCAGAACGCCGAGACAGGGAUUUCUUUGGCGCAUGACUGGCCUGACGAGCUUGUCAGACUGUUAGUGUUACGAAUUCUAGCAGUGGUUUCUUUAACAUCUCAUGAUAUGUACCUAGAGAUACAAGUAGUUUCAGGUAGCAUGCAUGGUGGGGUCAAUGGCGUAAAAUUGAUGG